AUGACCUACAAGGCCACGCUCAACCUGCUCUCCACACAGCAUAGAUUUGUCCCCAACUUCAAGUGUCACAAGUGGAACAAUCUGAUAGCUCUCAUUGGAGGAUGCAUCUCUGAAAUCUCUGCCAAUAUGGCCACCAUUUCAGCAACCCACAAGAUUCCACAGGCGCUGCCCCUUUCUGUGUGCAAUGACAACUGCAACCCUGGCUUCAGUAGAAAAAAGAAGGAAGGAGAGAAGUUUUGCUGCUAUGAUUGUGCUCCAUGUCCAGAAGGAAUGAUCUCUAGUCAGAAAGACAUAGACGCUUGUGUCAAUUGUCCAGAGGACCAAUAUCCCAACAUGGAUCAAACUCAGUGUGUUCCCAGGAUUGUGAGCUUCCUCUCUUACAAAGAAAAUCUGGGGAUCAUCUUAGUGGUAUUGGCUAUUUCUCUCUCUCUCAUCACAACUUUAGUACUUGGGAUUUUCCUGAAGCACAAGGAUACUCCCAUAGUCAAAGCCAACAACCGGACCCUCACCUACAUCCUUCUCAUCUCCCUCCUCCUUUGCUUCCUGUGCUCCUUGCUUUUCAUUGGACGGCCUGGAAGGCUGCUCUGUCUUCUCCGACAAAUGGCUUUUGGUCUUGUUUUCUCUUUGGCCAUUUCCACUGUGUUGGCAAAGACGGUCACUGUGGUUGUGGCAUUUAUGGCCACCAAACCAGGAUCCAGCAUAAGGAAAUGGGUGGGGAAAGGCCUGACCAAUUCUAUUGUCCUCUUCUGCUGCUUCAUCCAAGCUGCCAUUUGUGCUCUUUGGUUAAGUACUUCUCCACCGUUUCCAGAUAAGGACACACAUUCAGUGAUUGGGGAAAUCAUACUUGAAUGUAACGAGGGUUCAGCUUCCAUGUUUUACUCUGUCUUAGGCUACAUGGGCUCCCUGGCCACCGCCAGCUUCAUAGUAGCUUUCUUUUCCAGGAAACUCCCUGACAGUUUCAAUGAGGCCAAAUUUAUCACUUUCAGCAUGUUGGUGUUUUGCAGUGUUUGGUUGUCCUUUGUGCCAACCUACUUGAGCACCAAAGGGAAAUACAUGGUGGCUGUGGAGAUCUUCUCCAUCUUGGCCUCCAGUGCUGGAUUAUUGGGUUGCAUCUUUUCCCCCAAAUGCUACAUUAUUGUGCUUAGGCCUGAGCUGAACAACAGGGAACAAAUGAUAAGGAAGAAAAAAUAA